UCGGUCUUCAAGGUGUUCUUUGUGGCGUGACCUUUUAUAGCCGGUGGUGGGUGCCCAUCUACCUAUAGGUUCGGUGACAGGGGUCAAUGUUAUAGCAAAAUUUGGGGUUUAGGCUGGUUUUCUCUGGGUUUUUGUCCCUCUGUUGGAAGAAAUUGUUCGAUCAGAAAGGAUAAAGAGAAUUCUGGCUGAUUCUUUGUCGGCGUUUUGGUUUUGAAAUCUUUCCUUAUCGUUGCAAUGAUUUCUGGAAUUCGGGCCGUUGAUGAUGGAGGAUUGAGUAUUCGUUCUUUCACAGGGGCUGGACAUAAUUCUGAUCUUCGUUAGUGGGGAUCGUCGAGGGCUUUUAAAUUUGGGGGAAUUCGUGAUGGUCUGAGAAGGUGGUGAUGAUCGAAUUCUGCGAGUGGUUUUUUGACACGGGCGUGUUGAACUGUUGGGGAAAGUUGGAAUGAUCGGAAUUUGCUUUUUGCUCACGAAGAAGAAAUAGAUCUUCUUGGUUAUGGUUUAUAAGAAGCUAUGGCACUGCAGAAGAGGUUAGAGUAUGGGUUUAACGGCUAUCGGGUGCCUCCCACACCCCGAGCCGCCCGAUCUGUCAGGAGGAGGUCCUUAUCCAAGAGAAAAUUCGAUGACCAGCAGCAAAUGUGCGCCUUCGAUUUACUGGCGACCGUGGCUGGAAAGUUGUUGGACGGCGGAGGUUGUCCGCCGCCACCACCACCACCAGCAGUGAAGGAUCAUCCUGUGAUCGACAAGGACACAAACAAGGCUUCAGAGGAAGAUCAUAGUGAUCAGGAUCGUGUCCAAAGGAAUUUUUUGAUCACCGAGAUUGUGUCCAAAGCUCCCGAUCCAAAUGCUUGCUGCCCUCAAAAUGACAUCAUCUCGAGGCCGGUAUCCGGAAUAACAACUUCUGAUUGCUCGCAGAAGGAACAGAUGGCCAAUGAUAACUGCAAGCUCAGCCUCGGGAUUUUCACGCCGCCUGUGACAGAUGUCGAGUCGCCUCAUUUUCAGUUUUCUAUUAACUGUAAAUUGGAGGAUGAGAAUAAAAUGGAUUCUCCAAAUAAUACCAGGAAUUUGUCUGUAGGUAAUAAGGCCCUGUUGCUGUCCAGUUCAGGACAUCGGGAGGUUUGGGAGAAAAAGCCGUCUCCAUUAGUUAGUUCAGUCGAUAAUUUCAAGUUUCCCGUUAGCAAGAGCCACGGUCCUUGCGGCUCUUUCCCUGUCAAUUUGGACAAUAAUGUAAUGUUAGGUAAUAGGGAUGAUGACGGAAACUCUUCCGAGUGCACUGAACCCAGUGCUCGUAUUAUUAAGGCUUCUAAGCCGUCUUCGCAGGUCGAAGAUCAUAAGUUUAGGAAGUUUCUUGCUUCCAAGCAUUGCAAAGUGGCUUCAGAGGAGAAGGGCGACGAAUGCUAUAGUGUCGAUUCUGCGCCAUGCGAUAAUCUUCACAGGAAGGACGCUUCCAAGCGGCCUAGGCCUAUGAAGGAUUAUCCUUUCAAGAAGAGGAAGAUAUUCGAGUAUAACUCGAUUCCAAAUUCUGAUGAAGGCACUAGUAAUGGUGGAAAUGGAAUUUAUCGGGUCCCUGAAAGCGUCGCCAAUGAAUCUAGACUCAGCUCUGGUCCAUUGAGACCACGAGCAAUCCCGGCUCCGCCUACGCCUGGAGUUUAUGCAUCGUUACAGACCCGGAAUGCUCAAGUUAAGCUAAAAAUAAAAACUUUUCGGGUGCCGGAGUUGUUGAUUGAGGUCCCGGAAACUGCAACCAUCGGUUCUCUGAAGCGAACGGUUGCUGACGCAGUAACUUCAGUGCUCGGUGGGGGGCUCCGUGUUGGCGUACACUUUCAGGGGAAGAAGAUUAGGGACGAUGCGAAAACAUUACUUCAAACUGGAAUUUGUCAUGACAACAAGAUCGAUGCCCUCGGGUUCACCCUCGAGCCGAGUCCCCCACCGGCCCCCAUGCACUUGUUUCCUCAGGCCCAUCACGAUCGGAUCCUGUGUGAGAACCCCCAGCCUCUCGCAAGGUACCCUCCAACUCCCAGUAUCAGUAGUAGACAGCAGGGGAAUGUCGAUGCACCUCCCCCCGAUCUGUCGGGGACUAGUUUGAACAAUUUUAUUGAAAGCGAUCAUGACUCGGCUCCUUCCCCUCCCACUCUCUGCCUGCCUUUGCACAAAUCAGAUCAUGAAUCGAAAGCACUGGUUCCCGUACCUGCAGUGAAACAAGAACCGCUGGCUGUAGUUCCUUUGCGGAAAUCCAAGCGGUCUGAAUCUGCACAGCGCCGGAUUCGUCGACCUUUCACUGUUGCUGAAGUCGAAGCUCUAGUCCAGGCUGUUGAGAAGCUCGGAACGGGAAGAUGGCGCGACGUCAAGCUGCGAGCUUUCGACAGCGCAAAGCACAGAACUUACGUGGAUUUGAAGGAUAAGUGGAAAACGCUAGUCCACACGGCAAGAAUAUCUCCUCAGCAAAGGCGGGGGGAGCCGGUGCCUCAGGAACUCCUCGACCGGGUGCUGACAGCGCACGCUUACUGGUCGCAGCAGCAAGCGAAGCAGCAGGUCAAGUCCCAUCCCGAUACUUGUCUUCUUCUCUGAUACCUAACCACCCACCCACCCACCCAUUUUCCAUAUCUUUUUUUCCUUUACUUCCUCUCUAGUAAUAAUGUUGUGUAGGAAACAAAAUAGGAAGAUUUGUGUCUGUGUCUGUUUGUGAAACAAAAGAAUUCAGCAAAUACAUUAGGGUGUAAUAUGUCUACAUGGAAAGAUGAGCGUAAAACUUGUAUAGGAAAUAAGAGAGAGAGAGAGAGAGAGAGAGAGAGAGAGAGAGAGAGAGUCUACCAUCUAUCUAUCCAUCUAUGUGGUGAUGGGAGCAGUUUGGUAGUGUUUUUGGUUUUGAAUUGUAGUAUAGUAUUGCGGUUAGAUUCAUUCAUUUGACUUGUUUUAAGGUUUUGUAUGUUUACUGAACUGUAUGCUUAUUUAGAUCAUUAGAGAGAACAUUAGAGAGACAAUUAUUUUACUUAUGUGUUUCUAUCAUUUGUCAUCCAUAUAUAGAUUACUUUCUCGUCAAUUCAAUAUAAUCA